UUCUUGUUUGGGGUGUGGGUGAGGGUGGGUGGUUGGGCAUGUACAGUAUAUAUACGAGGAGCUCGUCUCCACACGUACACUGGCCCAUCAUCCACCAACAUGAAGGUGCUGCUCACGUUGACUCUUGGCUGCCUCUUGGUGGCUGCCGCUCCUGACCAAACUGGAGGGAAACACACGGCGACGAACACUAAGACUGGAGGCGGAGGCAGUGUUAAUACACGCGUCUUCGGAGGAAGCACCGUAGGAAGAUAUCCUGGACACCACCCAUCAUCUGGCAUUAGCGGACAGGGAGCAUCGUGCAGGUACUGGUGCCGUACUCCUCAGAAUCAAGCUUACUGCUGUGAAUCCAGCCAAGAGCCAGCUUCAGUCCCCAUUCCUAGUAAAUACGGAGACUGUCCAAAAAUCCGGCCAGAUUGCCCGCGAUUCCAGGGUCCUCCUAAUCCCUGUUCCCAUGAUGGCAAGUGUACUGGCCUUGACAAAUGCUGCUAUGACACGUGCCUGGGUCAACACGUGUGUAAGCCAAACGCUAUUUUCGAUCAUGGCUUCGUGGGUUGAGUGUGUUGCAUUUGCAUCAAUUGUUCUUAUUUGCUCUAUUAAUAAAUAAAUUCCUGUA